GGGGGCGUGCGUGUGAGCCCAGCCGCCUCCCAGAGGAGCAGCCAGGCGACCGCCCGGAGGGCCACGGCCCGGGCAGCCAGGACGCCGGAGAACGCGCGCCACACAGGAGCGCGCGGGGACGAAACGCGGAGGAGCGUGCACCCGCCUCACGCCGCUCCUACAGCGCGCUGCCACGGAGUUUGCGACCAGGACGGAAGACUCGGUGCGCGCACGCCGGCGGCCCCACGGUUCCCCCGUUCCCCGCAGCCCCGGCCCCCGAAAGUUCCGGCGUCGCGGGAGGCAGCCGCCCCACCCCCUCGUUAGCUCCCGUCGCUGCCCCGCCCCUCGUCGUCCCGCUCGGGGGCGGGGCGAGGAGCGACGCAAGCGCCGUGGCGUGCGCCGGGGCUGUUGCUGUGGGGACGGCUCCGUGGGCCGCCAGCCCGGCCCUGACCCCAGCAUGCCGUCCUGGGAGCCCGCCUCCCGAGCUCCCGGCCUCCAGCUCCACUUACAGGUAUUCGCGGAUCUGGGUCUCCUGCCAGGGAGUUCACCCCACAGUCGCGUCUGCGGGCUGUGACUGUCGCCUCCUCCUGCCGCGCCAGGCUCCGCCCGGCCUCCGAGUCAGGUUAAGUGCUUCUCAGUGCAUGCAGUUGGGUGAAAACAACCCCCUCACGGCGGUUUGAGACGUCGGCCUGCAGGAGAAGAUGCGCUUUCUCUACUUCUGUUAGGCAGGAAGUCACUAUAUGACUAACACAUCUUCAUCAGCUUUCCUCUGAUUUACCCUGAAGUGUAUGUAAUAAUGACAUGCACUGCCAAGCAAUGUGGAAUUCGGUUCCAGCCUCCAGCUAUUAUCUUAAUCUAUGAGAAUGAAAUGAAGGGAAAAAGUCGCCAGCGCAUCAUGCCAGUCCGAAACUUUUCGAAGUUUUCAGACUGCAGCAGAGCCGCUGAACAAUUAAAGAAUAAUCCACGACACAAGAGUUACCUGGAACGAGUAUCCCUGAGGCAGCUAGAGAAGUUAUUCACUUUUUUACGAGGUUACUUGUGGGGCCAGAGUUUGGCAGAAACAAUGGAACAAAUUCAACGGGAAACAACCAUUGAUCCUGAGGAAGACCUGAACAAACUAGAUGACAAGGAACUUGCCAAAAGGAAGAGCAUCAUGGAUGAACUUUUUGAGAAAAAUCAGAAGAAGAAGGAUGAUCCAAAUUUUGUUUAUGACGUUGAAGUUGAGUUCCCACAGGAUGAACAACUGCAGUCCUGCGGCUGGGACACGGAGUCAGCUGACGAGUUCUGAUAUCAAGGACUCAAAAAUUUAUUGAGCUAGCAGAAAAUUUGUGUUUGUGCAAAGAAUGUAGAUUGGUUCUGGAAAAAUCUGUAAAGAACACUAAAUGUACGUGUUGGGUCGUA